CAAGUUCGGUGAGCGCGCGCGUGCAUUUUAGAGCUUCGUUUUGGGUCGAGUGCUUCGGGCUCCUGAAAGAACACAACGCAGUUUAUAUAACUGUAUGUUUUCCGUCCAUUUAAACACAAGGACAGGGCAAAACCAUGUACAUCAAAUUGUGCAAUUUCGGCAAGCCCACGGACUGCGCACUGAAAGCGAAACAGCAACCAAUUUCAGAUACUCCACGGAAAGUUCGCGUUUACCGCAUCAUUUCAUUGGUGCUUUUUGCCGUCUGCAUCCUGUUGCUGAUUGUGAUCCUCGGGCUGUUUGUAAAGUUGACUGGGAAGCAGUCCUGUCAGAAUGCAGAUCCGACUGACACAUCCCUGCAGGAAUGCAACCUAAAGAAAUGCCAAGAUAUAUACCAACAGUCAUUGUUUCAUGAAAGCCAGUGUUCGUGCCAUCACGAUUGUGACAAGGGCUGGUCGAAGUUCGAGAACUCUUGUUAUUUCUUGUCUAAAGAACGCUUGUCUUGGCAUGAAAGCAGAAAAUAUUGUCAGAGAAGGGGAGGAGAUCUUGCCAUGAUUACUAAUGGACGUUUGCAGAGGUAUCUGACUACAAAAGGGAAUAUGCACUAUUGGAUUGGGCUCAAUCACGUGGGCACAAAUCAAUGGAUAUGGAAUAACAACACUGUAUUGACAGUGAGAUAUUGGGGUCAAAGGUUUUCUAGUGGGGAUUGUGCUCUCCUGGCGGCAAAUGAAGAACCUGAACGGAGCUGGCACCAAUCUAUCUGCACAUUGUAUUUACAGUACAUCUGUCAGAUAACCAGAACUUAAGAGUUGCUUACGUAUACCAGCGAUCUCAGACAUUUCAUGCAUCACUUCUAUUAUCUUAAUGUCAGAACUCAACUCAACAAACGUUUUUUUCCCCUCAUUAACAAUGCACAUUACAUACACCGAGCAGAGAAAAACUGUUUUUUAGAAGUUUAUUAUGAUAUAGUUUAUUUUUCACAAUUAUAACUCAAUACAUUUUAACUAUACCGACAGUUUGUUCAGAUUCCUUUGUAACUAAAUCAUCUCAUUGUACUAAAAUAAAUGUUGUACAUACUGUACUUCUCAUUGAAAAA